UGCUCUUCUCCGGGAAAUGGCAUCAAUCAGUUCCGUCCAGCUUGUUCUCAUAACUUCCUCUUUGUAAUUAUUAUAAUACAUUGGAAAUAAGACAUGAAAAGCUUAUUAAUAUCGUUCCUCUUCGUCAUUUCACAUGUUUCUUCUAAAAGAAAAGAUGGCGGCUGGAGCAAUUGGUCCGAUAUUAGCGAUUGUUUUACAUCCGAUUGCAAUAAUCCUUUCACAUUCGGCUAUCAGUACCGUAUUCGAGCCUGUGUUAAUCCUAGGCCUUCUGGAGGAGGUUUCAUGUGUCAGGGGGAACAUAUAACCGCGCAAAUGUGUUUUGAACCAGUUAAUUGUCCAGUUGACGGAGGAUGGAGCGAAUGGGGAGAAUGGAAAUGUUUGGAUAGUUUUAUGACAAGAAAGCGAACUUGUACUAAUCCAACACCGAAAAAUGGAGGUAAAAUCUGCAACGAAAAGUUUAGCAGAGAAAUUGUUCAAAGUGACGAAGACGAAGAAGAAUUCAAGAAAAUAUGUUUGAAGAAGCUUACAGAUGAUGAGGAUUUCAUGGGUUCUGGAAGUGGAAGUGGAUCUGGAGAAGGAAGCGGGCUUGAAUCAUGAAUUUUUUUUUGGCCAUUUGAAUUACAGCAAACUUCUCAACUUUAUAAAAUUUUGUAAAAUUAUAUAAUUUUAACAUAUAAUUAAACAUAUUUCCAACAAACGAAGAGUUUUAUUUAAAUUAACAUGAAAAUAUACAGUGUU